AAAGUAAGUUAUCAGUAGUUUUACUUCUGUGUGCAAACAUGGCUCGUUUCACUCCUCUUGUGUUUUUUAUUUUUAGCCUCGGGAUGUCUGUUGUCUACUGUGGGAGUCACCUGCUACAGUAUCACAUAACAAGGCUCACAGCUCCGAGCCCUGGUCUUCCAGAAUUAAUAAAAAUUGGGUACGUGGAUGGCUUGCGGUAUGCCCGGUGCACCAGUGAGACCCAUCGCUGUGAGUUCUUGAUUCCAGCUCUGGAAACAGUCUACGAGCGCAUGACAUUGAAGGAAAAAUGUAUCAAUUACUUUGAAUUCUCCCAAUUUGAGAGACUGCAAUUAUUAACCGAUAUUUAUAAUAAGACGUCUGGUAAUGACGCCUUUCAUAUUUACCAGAUGAAAUUUGGCUGUGUGCAGCAUGAUGAUGGUACCACUGGGAUAUAUCAAGAGGUGGCGUUUGACAGCAAGGAGCUGAUAACAUAUGAUAAACAUACAGGGACUUUUAUCCCUACAUCGCAAGAGGCUCGAAUUGUUGCCCAGUUGUGGAAUAAAAAUUAUGCCAAAGUAGAAAAGAUAUACAUGGAAAACUGCUGUACUCCUCGACUGGCUUUGUUUCCUCCUGCAAUAGCAAGUGAUCUGGAGAAGAAAGUUCCCCCAAAAGUGAAGGUUUCCAGCUCAGAAUCAGACGGGGAACAGAAGCUGCACUGCCGGGUGUAUGGGUUCUACCCCCGAGAUGUGGAAGUGAAGUGGAUAAAGAAUGGGAGAGAUGAGAUUCACUCAGAGGAGGCAGCACAGAUCCUGCCAAACCCUGAUGGCACCUAUCAGAUCAGAGUCAGUGUGGGGGUAACACCAGAGGAGGGCGCCACUUAUUCCUGCCAUAUAGAUCACAGCAGCUUGGAGAACCCACUGGUUGUUCCCUUUGAAUCCAAGAAUGGAAUCCAUUUGUAUAUCAUCAUCCCUGUCUGUGCGCCUUUGCUCCUCCUCCUGAUUAUCCUGGGAAUAUGUAUAUAUAGAAAGAGAAUGACGCAAGACCCUAAGGGCAGCUAUCAGAGUGGGAGCGCUAGCUAGAAAAGCUAGAAGGAUGAAAAUCCAAGCGCUGCGGAAUAUGUUGGCACUUUAUAAAUAAAUGUUAAUAAUGUUAAUAAUAAUAAUCCAAACAUAUAGUAGCAUUUUGUAUAGUGAAAGUGAAGGAUACUGUUACAGUCUGUUAUUUCUACCUAUGUUUCCGUUGGGCAAUUCAACUAUGUAAUUACAAUGGCAGAUAAUAUUAAUGAUAAUGGUAAUGCAAUAUGACUAUUUGACAUUAUAAAAAAUGUGAGAUUUGUUGAUUAUUGUAGAGACUUUCACCCAAAGACAGACCUGUCUGCAGAAGGGACACCCCCCUUUAUUUGAUUUAUAGCCCCAGUGUGUGUCCCCAAUAUAGAUAGGCCUAAGGCAGUGUGAAAUAAGAGGAAUGGCAAAAGGCAGUAAUGGGUUAAUACUUGUUUUAAGAUCAUAGCUGGAAGAAACAAGACUAUUCAAAUAGUGAUGGGCGAAAUGUUUUGCCAGGCAUGGAUUCGCGGCGAAUUUCCGCAUUUCGCCAUUGGCGGAUUGUUUCGCGAAACGGAUGAAAAAAUUCGCCACGGACAAAUUCGCCGCAGGUCCAAAAAUUGUUGUGGGCGACAAAAAAAAAGCCACAUGACAAAACAAUAGCCGUGGACGACAAAACAAUAGCUGCGGGCAACAAAACAAUAGCUGCGGGCGACGAAACAAUAGCCGCGUGACGAAGCAAUAGCUGCGGACAAA